UUGUAAUGCAUUUAAUCUUUAAAGACUACUAACAACAAUUGAGGUGUACCUAAAUUGGCAUUGUUAGCAUAAUUUUGGGUAAAUACUGGGAAAAACUAAAUAAAGUCCUUUGCGUAAGAAAAUGUAAUGUCCAAGCUAUGCAUCCUGCCAGGACUGUGUCAUGCUCGUAUUGAUUUUCUUGUUCAGCUAAAAUGGCUUCAGUUCCCACUUUUGAUAACACGAUGUCGACACCUGGUUGCAAGCAAAUUAUUUACAAGUCCCAUUGAACGAUUAAUUUUUUAAGUGAUUCCGAAACAUUGAAGCAAAGUAAAAGAUGUAAAUUAAUGCUAUAAGUAGCUUUUAGUUAGUGUGAUGAAUAUUGCUGUAGUUUGGUGUAGGUGUCGGUAUAUUACAUAAAAUUACUUUUCGAAAUGGAAGAUAGUGGUAUUGAUUCGGGAGACCAUAAUUUAGACAUAGAUUUAAAAUCUAAGUCAACUAGAAAUGAACGUUUAAUAUCGAACAGUGAUAGUUCGAGCGCAGGAAGCGAUGGUCGAUCUCCUCCAAGAAAUUAUCAGCCGCCCACCACUCGUCAGCUUCAGAGAAAAUUGGAGUCCAGGAUAGAACACGCCCGAAGGUUGCACCACGAGUUUAAUAAUGCUGCACCCGGAUUAUUACCUAUUCAAAGAUUAUCAAUUCCGGGAACGAGGGAUCACAGGCCAUUGGUUCAAUGGGAUUCUGAUGACAGUGAAGAAGAUAUAGUCAAUUUCUUUCCAUUAUCCCGUAAGGAAUCAAGGAAGGAGGAGUUGACGGAUACGUUCAGUAUCGAAGAGAUGAGUAUAUCCGGAGACGAAGAAGAAGAAGAUUUACAUUUAGUUCCACCCCAACCUGUCUAUAAAAAUUUUAGAUGUUGUCCCAUGACAGUCUGUACACUACUGUAGACAAUUAUUCGAAUGCGACUUGUUUGUAUGUUUUAAAUGAAAACGAAGAGCUUUUGUAGGGAAUCAGGAACACUUAAUAUUUACUUUGACUGACUGUAAUGUGUAACAAAAACAAGAUGAAACGUACUUUACGUAAUUUCUUUCUCAAUAUUCGUGCCAAAAUAAAUCAGCGGAAAGAAAGUCAAAUAGUAGAUUAAUUAAAUAAUAAAACGUACAAUUUGUUCUUCACCAUUUUAAUCAAUUAAAUAGCUGUACAUGUAUUUUUAUACACAUUAAGUUGGAACAUUUUUAAUCUUAAAUAUUGCAUUGUUAACAAGUUACUUAU